UGCAAGCAUGAGUUAAAUUUCUGAACAAGGAACAACAUACUGGCAGCAAGUUGCGUGAGCAUUUUGGCUUAAAGCUGGCGAGGUCCCUAAGCCACUGUGUAGAGCCGGGGGGUUGAAAAGGCUGUGGAAAAUCAUGGCAAAAUCGGUCAUUCAGACCCUGCUGGAUUGUUGAACCUCUUAAGAUGGACACUUGCCUGUAUGUUGGUUAGAAGUAAAGCAAGGAUCUGGGCUUCAUCGGUGCCUGAAGGAGCCUGGCUUUAGUGGUGUGUGUUUGGAUGUUAAUGCGUGCUUGUUAACAAGUUGUUACUUGAUGAAUUACUCUGAAUUGAACAUUUCAAAGCAGUUCUCUUAGUGAAUCAUGCCACUUGCAGCAGACCCAAGAAUUCAGUUAUUUAUGUAGUUCCUGUUUGUCAAGUGUGCCUUUUUACUGCUGAUACUAACCUGAAGUUCUAAACUAAGAUCAAAUCUCUCUAACCACAGAUAUAGCAAUAGCGAUAAAGAAUUUGCAGUGUGACACAUGCGUUUCUUGCUAAGGCUGUAUUAGUUUUGCAUGUUACUGUAAUUUCAAGCAUCCCCCUACGUAAUAAGAAUUUUAAAUCUGCUUCAAACAUUGAAGGAUCAUUCUCCAAGCAUCGAAGUUGGUGUCUUAUAUAGCUAUUGUGUUUAAGGCCCCAGCUCAGAGCCUUCAGAUUUUCUCACGAAGUGUGUCCCGACUUACCUAUUUUGAGUAUAUCUUUACUGUGCAAGUUUGGGGGGAGGAGGGGACCAGUAACUUAAGCUUAUAAAGAACCAAAUGUAAUAAUAAGUAACAAUACCAGGAUGAGCUGCCUCUAGCCUGUGGGGAACUGUGAAGUUAUUACUUUAUUAACUUUUGCUUUAUUGUCUCAUUAAAAAUGCUGCAUUGUAUUUAAUGUUGAGUAAACCAGAAAUUUCCCAAACUGUCCCCCACUGAAGUGACAUGCAUGGCUGUAUUUCCAAAGAUCUUAAGGAGUCAGUGGCAGCUUGUGACCAACCAUUGCUCGGAAACUACCUUUUAAAAAAAUUCUUUUUUCCCCUUGAUGUUAGUGUUUUCCUUGAGGCUAGUGUAAAUCUGUAAUAGCAGUGUUUUCUAAAGCCAGAGUUGUUUUUUGAAACGGUGUAAGCAGAAGUAGACUCCUGGUCAUAUUUCCCCUCUGACUUCUAUAUUAGACACCCCAGAUGACAGCUUGGAUCACUAAUAGAUUCUGUUAAGGUUAAUUGUGUUAUUUCUAUUUCAGUCUGGGUCUGGCAGCAGCUUGGAGGGUCUAAAGUCACAUAUGACUGUUUUGUAGAGAAAGGGAGUGGCUUUGCUAUGCUCUAUGCAUGGUUUUUAUUGGACAAAGUGUAUAUUUGAAUUAAUUAACUUCAUCAACUUCAUAAGCUUGUCACAAUGGGUUUUUGGGGCAGUGAAGAGCCAAACCAGAAAAAACUUGCUGCAUCGUACUUAGGAGAAACUGUAGGUCUGGUCACUUCUUGUUUGGUACUGUGCACAGAUCUGUAUUGAGGUUUUGUGGGUGUGACUGUACAGAGAGAAAUGCAAUGGCUCAACCAUAUCCUGUCCCCUCUCUUCACCAAAAUUAAGGGAAAACCUUAGUUGAUCAUGAAUGAUACUUCUUUCCCCCCCCUCCUUUUUGCUUUUAAAAGUUGGAGUACAUACAACCCAUACAAAGUUGCUCUAAAACACAGGCUGACUUUUUUUAAAUGAUGCAUGUUUUGCUUUUGUGUAGUGGGGAAAAAGUUAUUCAGGGCUGAAGUAUUGCUGGUUUUUCAAAUGUUACAUUUUAAAAUUCUAAUUCUGAUGUCAAUGUAACAUUUCUGAGGGUCUGUGUGUUUCUGCAUCCUCUGCUGCCUUCCACUGGGAACUGAGCACUUCUAUUUUGUACGUUAGCCAGGAAAAGGUUUGUACCGCAGAGUUCUAAAAACAUCAGAAAACUACAAAAAGUGACUGAGCACUAGAGAAGAGCCAUAUUCUUAUUUGGUAAACUUACAGUAUUAAUAGGAUAAAGCAUUUGAAUGCUCUUUUAAUAAUUCAGAAUCCAGUAACCAGAAUUAAGUUAUUCCAACUGAAGUCUAGAAAUCUUUCAUGUGGUCAGCUUCACUACUUGGAAUAAGAGCAGAAGGUCAAGUUGUUAAUUUGUAAAUUCUUGAUAAUAAUUUUUACAACCUCACACAUAAUUCAGAUGCUUUAGAGCUGGUUAAAACCAGCAACAAAAGAGCUGGAAGAAAUCCCAUCAUCUUUCAGUUGCCAGCAAUAUAUCAGUCAGUCAUGGUAAAAAAUCUGUAAAUAUAAUGCAAGGAUUUUACAGUUUGCAUGUGCAAACCCCUUGCUGUUAUGUUGUUCAGCAAAAGGCCCUUGUCUGGAAUAGACGGUUCCUGAUGGCUGGCUGCUUUGGCAAGUUGUGUGGUGGGGAGAGAGUUAAUGGGCGGUGGAGGAAACACGUGUCGGUGCUGGGUGAUGAGGAGGCUCAGCUGUAGGGUGUGCAGUGGUGGGAGGGAGGUUUGGAGAGCAGCUGUGCUCAUCUACCUGGCUAGGGCUUUGGUCCACAGUCAGCGACAUGAGAAAUCAGAUAGACUUGCUGGCCACUGUCACAGUUUUGGGAGUCCUGGAGCAAGGGCAAAUUGCUCAGAGUACUUCCCCAUCUUCAUGUCGCUCCUCUGGGUUGCUGGAAUCUUCUUCCAUCAAGGUGUGGCUGCGGCAUGUGGGCUGAUGUACCUCUACAAGCGCUUCAAGUACUUCCAGGGAUACAGCGUGGCUGCACAGGGAAGAUUGGGGCCGCUGUACGCCAGUGCCUUGCUGCUCUGGCUGCUGCUGGGGCUGGCGGUGGCCGGGCUCCUGGCACACUUCUUGCUGUCCCGCUCCUCUGCAUGGACCACGGUGCUGGUGUGGCCCCGCCAGCUGCUUGGUGCCUGGUGAGGGGGGCUGCUUCCCCCCAGAACCCAGGGCGUGCCCUCGCGGGAGAGUCACACAGCACGUCAGAGACCAAGCAUCUCCCCAGCUCUGUGCUCACCUUUGAAGGGCGGUGGAUGCUGGCGUUCCUCUGCUCGUGAAGCUCCACUACUUCACAGGUAAUUCUCCCUUCUAGAAAGCAAACACUGCCCAGCCUCUGCCCCUGCUGAUGGCCUUCACCGCCAGCUCUUGCAGCACCGUCUGCUCUAGAACUCCUGUCUUUGGCUCUGCCUCACAGAGCACAGAUGGACCCGUACGCUGUUGUCACUCUUCCUUACUGCUGUAACGAUCUAUGUUGAAGGAUCACACCAUGGGUAUACAAAAAAUAAAUUCCUUCUCUCGGUAGAAAUCA